AUGCUUCAAGUAAAAUCUCAAAGCCUUAGAAAACUAAUUUUACAAGGAAUCAAGUUUGAUAAAUAUAAUCUUGCAAAUCUUGUGCCAAACUUGAAGGUAUUAACAAUAAGAUGUUCUUUUGGAAAUCCUUUUGAAAAUUCUUUUGAAGUAGACCAGAAUAAUUUACAAAAUCUUCAAAGACUCGAAUUAGUAGAUAAUGACAUAGAAUUAAAUAGAAUUAUACUAAAGACAAAAUGCAAAUUAUUAAAAUUUUUUAUAAUAAAUGAGAGAAAAUUAAGCAAUAAAGUAAAGAAGGAAUUUAUUUUUUUAAUUUGUCAAAAUUAUCCAAACAUAACUACUUUAUGUUAUGUGAUUGAUAAUCUUACAUUCUCUUCUACUCUUAAAAAUUUUUAUAAGCUUUGUCAACUACAAAUAAGAGGAUUUGCUUAUUAUAAUAUUCCUUAUAGUAGUCAAGAUUAUCUACAGACCUUAAUCAGAUAUUUGCCUAGCUCUUUAAAAAUUCUUAGCUUACUUAAUAUUUAUGAUUAUAGUUAUGAAAAUUUGAAUUAUUUUUUACAAGCUUUAGAUAUAGAAAGAAUGAAGUUAGAAGUUUUUAUACUAUCUUUUAUUGUUGAGCUUGAUCUACUUCCAAAUUUAAGAAAAUUUAUUGAAAAAGCUAAAUAUUUAAGAUAUAUAGAAAUAGUGAGAUCAGAUGUGAAAAAACAAAAAGAUAGUAAGAGAGAAAUAAUUGAUUUUUGUCAUGUUAGAAACAUAAAAUGUGGUUUAAAAUAUCAAUUAGAGAGAUAUAAAAAUUAUUUUUGUACUUAUGAGAUAAAUUUUGAAUCAUACAUAGAAAUAGAAGAAUAA